AUGAGUUCCGAACGUACUUCCUGGAAAGUUCAAUCGUCAAGAACAGCUCAACAAGCUUUCAAUCCCAUUCGCGAAAUUGUGGACAAACAGAAGAUUAACACAAAUCUAACAAAGCCUCUGAUUAGUUUGUCCAUAGGUGACCCAACUCUUUUUGGCAACUUCAGCAUUGAUGGAAGCGCAAAUGAGGCUGUUAUUAGACAAAUCGAUAGUCUAAAAGCAAACGGUUAUCCUCCCGCUGAUGGUACUUUGGCUGCUCGCACUGCUGUCGCAGAAGCUCAUAGUGUUCCUGAAGCUCCCCUUCGUCCUAAUGACGUUAUUCUGACCAACGGUUGCUCUGGAGCCCUUGAAAUGUGCAUUAACGUUCUUUGUAAUGAAGGCCAGAAUAUCCUCUUACCCCGACCUGGUUUUUCGUUAUAUGGCUCCAUAGCUGCUACUCGUUUUGUUGAAGCAAAGUAUUAUAAUCUCAUGCCGGAACGCAAUUGGGAAGCCGAUCUUCAACAUUUAGAAUCUCUGAUUGAUGAUAAGACAAGUGCCAUUUUGAUCAACAAUCCAUCAAAUCCUUGUGGUUCAGUUUAUUCUCGCGAGCACCUGUUGAAUAUUUUAGCAGUUGCCGAAAAGCAUCAUGUUCCUAUUAUCGCCGAUGAAAUUUAUUGUGAUCUUGUUUUUGAAGGAAACAAAUUCUUUCCUAUGGCUACAUUAACAUCUACUGUCCCAAUUUUAUCUGUCGGUGGGCUAGCUAAGAAAUGGCUGGUCCCUGGUUGGAGAGUUGGCUGGAUCCUAAUUCACGACCGAAACGGCGUCUUCAAGGAAAUUCAUACAGGUCUCCACCAACUUGCUCAGAUAAUUUUGGGACCAAAUUCUCUCAUUCAAGGCGCUUUGCCCGAUAUUUUAACCAAUACUCCCAAAGAGUUCUAUGAAAGAACCAUAAAGCAAUUAGAGGCAAAUGUAAAGCUCAGCGUGGAAAAACUAACUCAAGUGGAUGGCUUAGUACCUGUUAAUCCUCAAGGUGCAAUGUACAUGAUGAUAGGCAUAGAAAUUGAAAAAUUCAAGGACAUUCAAGAUGGUAUUGAUUUUAGCGCAAAGCUUCUUGAUGAGGAAAACGUAGUUUGUCUUCCAGGAGAGUGUUUCAAAUAUCCCAAUUUUAUUAGAUUAGUUAUCACGCCACCCCAUAACCAGCUUGAAGAAGCUUAUGAUAGAUUGAAUGCUUUCUGUGCUAGACAUCGCAAAUAA